CCCCCCCCCUCCAUCCGCCCCUUCCUCCCCCUCCCCUCCGCUUGCCACGAAACUCUCUCCGCUUCGCCGCCCCACACUUGCGCUUGGACAAACACCCACGCUGCGGCCGAUGCAGGCAUGUCCUCCUCGGUGCCGAGCUCGCCCCUCACCACACACCAGCGUCGGACGGAGAGGCCGCACACCAUCCUCGAGCGCCCCGCUGGUGCCGGGAUAAGCCGCCCCCCCCGGCCCUCGCUCACAUCAACAAUACGCACGGAGCCUGGACAGUAUGGCCCUGGGGGGCGCGCGUCGGGCAUUGCCCUGUCCCCCUCAGAGCGCCUUCGACGGCUGUCAGUCCACCUCCCACGGGCCUCGCUAUCGGGACUAAAGGAUUUCACCACCCGCCGGAGUCAGACCAUUUAUGACAUCGACAGUGAUCUGUAUGAAUCGCCAGAGCUGGUGGCCGAGCGCCGAGCCCGCCUCCGGAGCAUGCUCGAUGUGCCCUUCCGUCUGGAAGGGUUCCUUGGCCUCGCAUGGCUGGUGUGCCUGCACACCACCAUGUCUGCUCUGUUGGCUGCACCGAUGGCCGCCUUCCGGCUUUUGGUCUCCCUCCCCCAGGGCGAGCUCACAAUCCAAUAUGCCGCGGCGCACCUCCCAGCUUUUUUGCCCAUCAUCUUGCCGAUCCUGGUGUACCGGUUCCGCCUCCUCGAAUCUUCGACCCUAUACCAUUCGACGCGGGCCGGGCAACAGUCGAUGAAGCUAUUUGUCGUGGUCAACAUGCUGGGAGUUGCAGCACGCAUUUUGGCCCCGAUUGGGGCUGAUCUUGGACGAACCCUCUCGACUGCCGCGCGGAAGGACCACCUACCUGCAGUCACGCCAGGGGCCUCGCCGUCCAGCAGUCCGCAGCUGGCCAUGCCGCCGCAUGCCACCGGCGGGACUGAGGCUGCGAGCACAUCUCAUGGGGUCUCCCCGCGUGAGGUUUUCUACCUGGCCGCGGCCUAUACCGUGGUCACUGCCCUGCAUGCGCAUGUCUUGCUGCAGGAGCUGAUCGUGCUGAAUGUGGCUGUCAAUGCCCUCGAUGGUGGUGGUGCGCUCGGCGCCUUGCUGAUGAGCACGCAGUUCAUCGAAAUCAAGGCCUAUAUCUUCAAAAAAUUCAACCGCGGCGGAAUCCACGAGCUUGCCUGCACUGAUGCCAUGGAGCGCUUCCACAUUGCGGUGUAUGGCGCGGCCAUUGCCUUCCGCAAUGCCUCCGAGCUGGGGCUGCUGGAUGUCCUCUUUUCGUCGCCCCUCUCUCUGAGCGGCUGGCUGGCCAUCUUCUCCUACUUUGCUGAGGCCCUCCUCAAGCCCUACCUGAUGCUCGCCCUCUCGGAGCUGCUCGUUGACGCCAUCAAGCAUGCAUGCGUUUCGCGCCGGGCACGUCUUCCCUCCAGGCUUUACAGUGCCUUCUCCGGCUCCCUUCGCGUCAUGCUAAAGUCCUAUCGCAACACCGCGAUCGCCGCGCGCCGGAUCAAGUUCAAUCCGGUCCCCAUUUGCAGCGUGGUUGUUUUCAUCUGCAUCGAGUCCAUCGCCAACCCCCUCUCAGCCCAUUUUGGCCGCACAGGGGUCGCUCUGAUCAUUGGCGCCACCUUCGCUUGCCUGCUUUUGAUGCGCAUUUUGCUGCGCAUCCUGCUGACUCGCCUCGUGCGCGACGCGCCCAAGAUUGAUACCCCGGAGGCAGAGGCCCUCCUUCGGGAUUGUGGCGACACCGAUGCCGAGUAUCUGUAGCGCGGCAUCCCACCUCCGGGCCCUGCCUGCCCUUGGUCGCUCCCUGCGCACACUGUACAUUAUCCCCCCAGCAGACAUCCCCCCUCCCCGCUCACUCUCCCGUGCACAAUACACGCCUUUACGCUCGCA